GUUGUGUUCCUGUCAGUCCUGUCCUUUACUCUUAUACAAAAAUAAAUAUAUAUACGAAUGUUGGUUUAACUUCUUUUGAGCGUCUCACAUGGAAAUUUAAAGACACUGGAAGUCAACGGAGCGCCAGCUGGAUGAUCUGACGCGCGGGCACAUUUCAGCACAUUGGACAGCGCACACGCACGCACGCACGCACGGCGCCGCAGUGGCGAAGCGUGGAUUCAACCGGUGGCUUUUAACAGCAGCAGCAGCAGCGAGUGGACCUUUUUUUUCCAAACCCGCAAGCGAGGAAGACUGCGUGAUUUGUGGAUAACUUGAGCGAGUGUUGCUUUUUUUUUCUUCCCCCACCUCCGUUUUUCCAACACUGAGAGCGUCUCCAGCGUGAGUGUAGGCGUGUCCGUGGAUGUGGAUGAGUGGUUAACUGUGCUGAGCCGCGUGGAUUAUUUACUGUGUGUAUAUAUAUAUAUAUAGGUGAGAAUCCAGCGGGUGCGGUGGUGCCUAUAAGAGACCCUCCAUUUCUAAGGAUGCUGAUGGGAAAUGCCUGGAGACAGAGAUGACGAGAUUUGUCAAAAGGCACUUGAACUGCUGUCAGAUCUUUGCUCGAAGGGGGAAGUGCAGAACGAAAACUGCCUGGAUUUUAUCUACUAUUUCCGAGACCUCGCCCGGCCACGCUACACGGACUCAGAUAUAUCUGUGAGUCUUCUGUCACUGGUCGUGACCGCCUGUGGCUUAGCCUUGUUUGGCGUCUCCCUCUUUGUCUCCUGGAAGCUGUGCUGGAUUCCAUGGAGGGAACGCGGACUCUCACCGACCACCAAGGAGGCCCAUGCACACCUCAACCCCACUAUGAGCCCCCUAUCUUCACAGUCCAUACCCAGAAAGCCAGUUUACACAGCUGUGGACCCCCCGAUGCACGACCGCCGUGAAUCCUCACACUGCUCCAUCGCCAGAGAGCCCACUCCUGUGGCAUCGGUCGUGUCAGUGGAGGCUCCUGUGACUCCUGUAUCGCCACCACCUGUGGUCAUGGCCACACCUGAGGCAGCUAUGAAGAUCAGUCACACAUCUCCAGACAUCCCACUGGAUGCCCAGUGUAAAAGUCAGGAAAACGGGGUUCACACUAACCCUCGUAUGCAGCGCCAGACCACAGAACCACCGCCAUCUGGUUGCUCAAUCUCUGAAAUUAGACGAGGGUCGAUUCGUAGACAUAUGAACCUGUCCAACCCGGACUUCAAUGUGGCCCAGUUCCAAAGGCAGGACUCCCUCACUGGAAUGGGGCUGGGCCUCGGCCGUCUCAAACCUGAGCUCUACAAACAGCGCUCCCUUGAGGGAGACGAAGUAAACCGCAGGGGCGGAGGCUGUGGACGCCUCUGCCUCAUCCUCAAAUAUGACUGCGAUCUGGAGCAGCUAAUAGUUAAGAUCCACAAAGCCGAGGACCUCCCAGCUAAGGACUUCUCAGGUUCCUCUGACCCUUAUGUUAAGAUCUAUCUGCUGCCUGAUCGAAUGACCAAGCACCAGACCAAGGUGCACCGCAAGACACUGAACCCCGUGUUCGAUGAGGUCUUCCUGUUUCCUGUGGCGUACUCUGAGCUUCCGACGCGCAAGCUGCACUUCAGCGUCUAUGACUUUGACCGUUUUUCACGCCAUGACAUUAUUGGCCAAGUAGUUGUGGACAACUUCUUCGAUCUGGCAGAUUUCCCCAGGGAGACAAAACUCUGCAGGGAAAUCCAGUAUGUCUCCUCGGAUAACGUGGACCUGGGGGAUCUGAUGUUUUCACUCUGUUACUUGCCCACUGCCGGCAGAUUAACUAUUACCAUGAUAAAGGCUCGUAAUCUCAAGGCCAUGGAUAUCACCGGUGCAUCUGAUCCGUACGUGAAGGUUUCAUUAAUGUGCGAUGGUCGCAGACUGAAGAAGAGGAAGACGUCGACGAAGAGAAACACUUUGAAUCCAGUCUAUAAUGAGGCGAUUGUCUUUGAUGUCCCUACAGAAAAUAUUGAGCAGAUUAGCCUUUUGAUUGCAGUGAUGGACUAUGACCGCGUAGGCCAUAAUGAGGUCAUUGGAGUGUGUCGAGUUGGUAACGACGCUGACAGCCUCGGACGAGACCACUGGGGUGAAAUGCUCACAUAUCCCCGAAAACCUGUCGCCCACUGGCAUCCUCUUGUUGAGUACCAGGGGACCGCAGGAAGCCAGGGAGGAUCCUGUAACUCUCUGAAGACACCUCCGUCUCCAUAGCCUUGAUUAACAAGUCACUGAAGAGCCCGAAUCACAACCUGAAGCUGGCUGCUCCUUUUUGGACAGCAGUGGUGCCGAGUGCUGCACACAUACAGUCCUUUAAGAAGAAGAACGCCGGCGUCCAUAAACUACUGUGGACAGAGAGAGAGAGAGACAGAACUGUCUUGAGCUCCAGUCGAGUGAAUCAUUUUUGCAUGUUGAUUUGAAUGACCGAAAAGAUGGAUGUUUUCAUUUCUAUGUUCAAUAAGAAAAACAACAGGCACACGCAGGCAUUUUAGGUCUGGGCUACUCCUGGGUUUAUACAGUAGUGACUGUUCUUUUCUUUUUUUUAACAAAGUCUUGUUACUUGUUUCAAUAAGGUGAGUCUGUAUUUGCACACUGUACUUAACAACCAGUUGAACUGCCACACUGUUUCUGUUUUAACCUUAAAUUUGGUCGGUGAAUUGGUGCAUGAGGUCAUGGUUCGAUGGGAUAUUUUUCUCCUGAGUUGUUCGUGUCUGCUUCGGGAAACAAACGUGUCGUUCUGUCAGUUGAUGUGCAGUGAUGGUCGGUUUUGAGACAAAGUAUCUGUAAGUUACAAUAAUGUUCAGUGUUUUCAAAUAAAGUUUAUUCAUUAAGAAAAAAAACACCAA